GAAAUGCUAAGGUAUAAUGAAUUCAACCUUGGGUGAAGUUUCAAUUACCGGAUGCAGGACAGAGCAUAAGAACCAAAUGAAGGUAAAAAUGGCACAGCUUGAGCAGCUAGAAACUACUGUGUAAGUAACUUUAAAAGACAACUUGUAGAUACUUUUUUCACAAACAUGUCCUCGAACAUUACACUGAACGACAGUCGGAACCUGCAGAGGAGAGAGAAGAUGGCAAAGGAGGAUCUGGAGAGAUGCAGAGAGUCUGCAGAGACCCAGCGACUAGAGCUGGAAACCAGACUGACAGAGGUGGACAAGACACUGGCUGACGAGAGACACAAUAGCAGCUCUCUCACUCAAGAAAACAGGUCUUUAAAAAUCAAGCUCGGAGAUCUUCAGAGCAAAGUGGUAGAACUCACUAAAGCUCAGAAGGAGUACCAAGAGUGUGUUAGUAAGGCAGAAGAAACCAAAAAGUCUGAGAUGCAGAUGUUGUUUGAGGAAAUGACUCAACACAUACAGCAGCAGAGUGACUCUCACAAGUACGUCGGAGAAACUGAGGAUUGAGAACGAGCGAACGGCUCUUCAGGAAAAAGACAGAAAAAUGAAGGACCUGAAGGGAGAGUUGGAGGCUCUGCAGUAGAGGAGAUCUCAGAAUGAGGUCCUCAUUGAGUCACUCAACUUUGAGAACCAACUGAUGAGAACUCAACUCAGAGAAUCACAUGCCAGAGGUGGAGCGACCACUAGAAGAGCUUUCCCUUUGCUUAGUGACUCAAAAUUAAAAGAUAAACUCCCUCCCAUACACUAAAACACUUCAACAAAAUAUUUUAGA